AUGGCUGCCGCAGACGCGCCGCCUCUCCAUGGAGAAGACAGAGAAGAAAUCGCCGAGAUCGAGGGCGUGACUGCCGACGCGUACCGGAGCGUCGUCGAGCAGCGGACAUCAGAUAGGAAGCUCCGUGAGCAAGCGGAAGACCGAAGAGAAGAUCAUAAGCCCAAGUUCAUCCAACCCCACAAGGAGAAGCGCUUCAAGCUCUACAUGAAGUAUGAAGGCAGAAAAGGACCUCCUGCAUGGAUCAAGUCCAGACUACCGAAGCACGGUGGCUACGAGGAUGGACCGUCUGUUGCCAUCAAGAAGAUGUUCGUGAACUUCUACAACAGAGUCCGAGAUAUGCUGUCGAUUCAUAGUGUUCAUCUCAGAAGCGAGACAGGGAUCGCGAUUCCGGACGAGGAUUCACUUGCCGGAUAUGUCGGCUAUGGCGGUCUGAUCUAUGUGGUGGACGGGUCACCUCCGGGGAAGCCGCCUGAGAAUGUCGUGUACUUCUGGGGGGCCAACUCUUGGAGCGAUCCCAAAGGUGAUACACCCUCACCGGUCCUGACACUCGAGCGCAAGAGAAUCUGCCAGAUCAGCGUCGGGAAAGAGCACGCCGUCGCGCUCACGGAGGGAGGUCGCAUUUUUGCAUGGGGAAAGAACGACUUUGGGCAGCUGGGUACGGGUGACGAGGAAAACAGAGCGUUGCCAUCGUACACAGAGCUUCCCUAUGAGACAUACAUUUCGCAAGUAGCUGCCGGAGGUAACUACACCAUCGGCGUCACCAAGCGUGGUGAAGUGUGGAGCUGGGGCCGAUUUCAGGCUUCCAACUUCCCAAGGAUGUUCACAGAGACUUGGUGUAACGGUUACGAAGCCAAGGGUGAGAUGGGCCUCAAGGGACUGAAGAUCGUGCGCGUUUCUGCCGGUGACCAGCACAUGGGCGCGCUGACGAAGGAGGGUAAGCUCUACACAUGGGGCUACAACGAUUUUGGUCAACUCGGUUGGGGCCUUCAUGGAGAAGGCAGAGUGGGCCAGCAGCGGCCGAACCAGGUCAAGGGCCUUUUGGACAGUGAAGAGGUCAUCGAUUUUGCGUGUGGUGGCGGUCACACUGUCGCUAUCACCAAGAGCUGUCGAAUUUUUGGCUGGGGAUCCAACACCAACGGCCAGCUGGGACAUGCCAUGCGACAAUGCUUCCCCGAACCGGUCGAGGUGCCACUUGGCGAUCCGGUGUCGAAAGUGCGUGCCGGCUGGCAAUGUACAGCUUACAUCACUGAAAGUGCUCGUCCCAUUAUUUGUGGCGGCAUUCGAGCAGAGGGUCCCAGCGUUGCCGACAUGCAGCAGGCUGGAGAAGAAGGCGAUGGAGUUGCACCUGAGAUGAGGGGUGGUGGCGACAAGGGUGGUGGUCCUCAGCCGGAGGCUGGUGUCAUGGACAUGGUCAGCACCACAGGCGUCGAGGUCAUGACUGAAGUGGUGACAGAGGCUUCUGUGGGAGAGGCGCAUGGACUCCUCGUGUGCUACGACGGAACCUUGCGUGGCUGGGGGUACAACAGGCAGAAGCAGGCCAUCGGCGACGAAACCGACGAUACCUUCGUGAAGCCACAGGCCGUGGAUGACGUCCCAUUCGACACAUACAAGGGCCUGUCAGUUGCGGUUGGUGGAGCCCAAAGCUACGCUAUCCUGCAACAACGCCAUCCGUGA